GGCUUAGCGGUAGUGGGGGCCAGCAGCCAAGGGGGAAGGGGUAUGUGUAUAAGAGCUUCACAGAGAGGCUUGGUGAUCUGUCCAGCUGCUGUGGGAGGGGAACUACUAAGGACUGUCAGAGAAGCCAGAAGAAGGACCAUAACAGACGGUGGGAAGCAGAAGGCAGAGCCCGGGAAAAAUUGCUGGGGGAGCCAUGAAGUACAGCAGCACUCGUGGAGGCGCUGAAGGCACUGAUUUUGAAGGAGUCCUCUUUUCUGGCUAUGCCCCAGAUGGUGGCCUUUUCAUGCCUGAGGAAAUUCCUCUGCUUGAUUCUAACACCCUGCGAGCGUGGAGCACCUUCUCCUACCCACAGCUGGUGAAAGAGCUGUGUUCACUCUUCAUCUCGCCUGAACUCAUCCCCAGGCAAGACCUGAAUGACCUGAUUGACAGAGCCUUCACCAGGGUCAGACACAAAGAUGUAGUACAUCUGUCCAGGCUGAGGAAUGGCUUGAAUGUUUUGGAGCUCUGGCAUGGUGUAACGUAUGCCUUUAAGGAUUUGUCCAUGUCCUGCACAGGACAGUUCUUACAGUACUUCCUGAAGAAAAGGAAGAAGCACAUCACUAUUCUAGUAGGAACUGCGGGAGACACUGGAAGCUCAGCAAUCGAAAGCGUAAGAGGGGAAAAGAAUAUGGAUAUCAUUGUCCUGUUACCCAAAGGUCUCUGCAGCCAGAUGCAAGAGUUGCAGAUGACAACAGUGAUCGAAGAGAACGUUCACGUGUUUGCUGCUGAUGGGAAUAGCGAUGAAAUCGAUGAGCCAAUCAAAGAGCUGUUCGCCAACACAGAUUUUGCCAGAAAGCAUAACCUGAUGAGUUUGAACUCAAUCAAUUGGUCUAGGAUUAUGGUGCAGAUUGCUCACCACUUCUAUGCUUACUUUCAAUGCACUACCUCUCUGGACAUAACCCCUCUGCCAACCGUGGAGAUCAUCGUGCCAACAGGGGGUGGAGGAAACCUCACAGCUGGAUAUAUUGCGAAGAAGAUGGGACUGCCCAUCCAGCUCAUAGCUGUAGUAAACAGCAAUGACAUUAUUCACAGGGCUGUUCAGCAUGGAGACUUCUCAUUGUUGGGAAACGUUCAGUCAACUUUAGCUUCUGCAAUGGAUAUCCAGGAUCCUUACAACAUGGAGAGGAUCUUCUGGUUGCUUUCGGAUGCCGACAGCGGCUUGAUUAAAACUCUGAUGGAGCAGUUUUGUAUGUCUAAAAGCCUUAAACUCCCAGAAGAACUGCACAGAAAGCUUUCUGAAGUGCUGAGCUCCUGUUCAGUAUCUGACGAAGACAUCAUUCAGGCGAUGAGACGCUGCUGGGAAGACAACCACUACCUGCUGUGUCCCCACUCCGCGGUGGCUGUUCACUACCAUUACAAGCAGUUGGAUUCCCAGCUUAACAAUACACCCAGGUGCUGCUUAGCCUCUGCUUCAGCAGCCAAGUUUCAGGAUGCUGUACUCAAAGCAAGACUUGUACCUGAAGAGCCACCUGAGCUAAAAGCUCUACAAGAGAUGGAGACCAGGUCCAUCGCACUGACAAGAGAGGAAGACUGGGCAAAAAUAAUAAAAGACAAAAUAGAAGCUAUUGCCAAGCGCAGAAGUCUACAGGAGUCCAUUUGAUCACUGGGCAGCUGUGCAGAGAUGUUCCACUUUGGAUGAUGAAAAAGGCUGACUUAAUGGUGCCUACCUUUCUGAUAUCUUCUCUUCCAAGGAAAGUUGUAACAAACUCGGAAGUUUUAGGAUCAUCGUGGCACAUUUAAAGCAAACUACACAGUCCUGGCAUGGGAGCAGACUUCUGUAGAAUGGCUUUAACAUCUUACAGAAAAGAUCUCUUGAUUUUACAGGGUUUUACUGUAAAUUUAUAACGUACUUAAACUCUCGCAAAUCAUAAUGUUUUCAUCCCUGUUAGUCAGUAUGAAAAUCUGCUUUACACCUCCACAGUGCCUUACAAACACUAAUCAUUAACUGACCCAAAUGUUAUACAUUACUUAUCCCAUUUCUUUUAGCUCUGAGCAGAAACUCCUUUAAAUAUCAUUGAAGUUAUAAUAAGAAGCUCUACUGAUUUUUUUUUUUCUGUAAAAGUCACUUGGUGUAGGUAAUGAAGAUGAACCUUUGUCCCAAGCCCAGCAAAUAAAAAUCAAUGCUGAA